AUGGAUGAAACCAAUGGUACGUCCACAAACUGAAGGUGUAUUCAAAGUUCAAUCUUCCCUCAAAUGUUCCGGGACAGGAAGUUUUGGAGGCUGGUUCAGCCAAGUGGCGAGGGAAAAUGAAUCACCAUCUUAGCGCAACUCUUCCGAUGCAUCAAAAAAAAAAAAAAGGGCAAUUGUUCAACUCAUUCUCCCAGGCUCACUCUCCUGGAUUCAAAAACAGAUGAAGACACCCUAACACUCAUGAGAAGAAUUUGUGACCCAAGUGUUACCGCAGCAAAUGUCGUAAACAGAUAAUCACAUAUCCAACACAACAGUGGAUUAAAUGAACAAGCCACCUGUAUGCAUGGAAUAAAAAUUCUAUUUAAUGAUAGAAAAAAAUUCAGUUGUAAUUCGCUGCAUACAAGACAGACUAGUAAAAACAUUCGGUCAUGACAAUGGGUACGGAAAAGGCGCUGAAAGCAAUUCUAUGUGAGUACAAAUCAACAACUUUUAGCAAACUAAGAUCAACAGGAACUUCCAUUUCCUAAAAUUGGCAGCAAGCAUACAUAAAUGUGAAAUGUCAGAAGCGUUGCCUUUCACGCGGCAGUGACAAGUCAUUGACAUAGGCUGUCACCACUACCACGCACAUCUGUAGUGAAUGUCAAAAUGAAAAAGAGCCAGAACUGCGGAUGUCAAAAUGAAAAUGAGAUGUGAAGACUGCAAAGAAAUAGAUAGUAUUAGUUACCUAUAUGAUUAUCUACACAGAAAAUUCAAAGGAAUAGGCACAUUGAAUAUUCAAAUGAAUAAAAGACUUCAGAAAACAUCAUAUAGAAGAUCAUUACUGCAGAAUCCAGAGCCUUGCCACACAAAAGCAACUUAGUGCAUAAAAUUGAAAAUAGAAAAGACACCAUUCACAACAGCAUUAAAAUCCAAAACGUAAAUGAGAAGAGCCUAACAAGACCUUUAUGGUAGCGACUGUGCGAAGGGAAAUAUCUCAAGGGAAAUAGACUCAGGGAAAAAUCUCAAGUAAAUGGAUCUGUAUACCAUAUUUCUUGAUGGGGAACAGAAUAUGGCAGAGAUGUAAACGCUACUUAAAUUAAAUACAGAGUGAGUGCCUUAACUGUUCUUGCCGAAGUGACAGCCAAGCUCAGGUUGCUGUGCUCUGCUCCCCAAAUCAACCCUGGAAAAAGACAAAAAGCAGUAUCAACAACGAAACAGAGAAAGUCCUGGGGAUGACUGAAGACUGUGCUGAACUAGUACUUGUGUUUUGGGUCCAGGGUGUCUUUACCCUGCAUAGAUGGCAGAUGACAGGAUGGGUAGGAUAAAGUGUUUCACAUUCCACCCCACAUCACUGCACAAUCUCGGGCAGCACCACAAAAUAUGGUGCCAGUAGCCCUGGGGCAAUAUCAGGACAUCGGGAAACGUGAGUCGUUUGGGACACUACGGAUCCGGAGUUCUGCUAACAACCACCUGAAACAAACUAGGAGAAGAAGACUGUCCUUCCAAAAAAAAUAUGAUUUUAAUGGAAUAUAAAGAAUAAACUAGGAAUAGAAUGGUAAGUACGUGUGAAGCCCACACACUAUGAAUAGAUAGUAUUUAAAAUAUGUGUGCAUGUGUAUAGAAUAAAGUCUACAAAUAAAAACGAGUACGGAUCUAAAGCUAUAUACAUAUUGGUACCUAUAAUCACACAUAUAUGAUACAAAGAUAUGUACAUAUGCAUAUAUACAUGUAAACAUAAAUUUAUAUAACGUCUAAAACAGGUAUGCAUAUAAAGGCAAAUAGACGUAAAAUGUACAUAUGCCAUAUGUAAUGUACGCAUACAAUGUAAAAUUUAUUUCUUACCAUGUGAAUGAGGAUUAAAAUAUGAACAUCACUAAACUGGACUACCAUAUGUUAGAGACCUUCAAACCACCUGGCUUCUCCAAAUCUCUUGCUGCUGCUCAGCCUCUUCAGUAAAAAGAUCAGUCUUUGAGGACAAAGUUUGCAAAGUCUAGCUUUGGCUGCGGAAGAGCCCCAUGGGAAGGUGUGCGUCUUCUCCCAGAGGUCCUACAAUCACAGGUGCUGCAGCACCCCCCCUCCCCACGCAGGGAGCAUUUAGCCUUGGACCGGCAGCCAUUCCCUGCAACGGGUGCCGUUGGACAGAUGCUCAAAGGUGACGUAAACAGAUCAUCUCCCACCCGUCAUUUCAUCAAAGAGCCGGGAGCCAGGAGAACCCUCCUGGGUGGAGACAGAGGGUCCACACUCCCCACAUAGAGAGGCCACAGAAUCCAGCUCAGCCCCCCCGUCAGUCCUGAAAGACCCUGGCAAUGUUGUCACCCCGACCACACCCCUCCUCUCACUGCCACCUCAGGGGACUGGGAGGCAGAGACCCGGUCCGAGAGGAGCAGACCCAACGGGCAGAGGAUGGGGACCCAGGCUCUGCCAGGCAUCAAGGUCAGGACCCUGGGGAUGACUGAGGACCCCAUCCCCAACCCCACCCUUACUUCGUCAGAACGCGGUUCAGCCCCUGCUGUCAAGCCAGGGAAGCCCCAGACCUGGAGGCCGGAUGUGACGCCACUGACGUGCGCCCUGCGGGGUCUGAGAGAAGGGAGAGGCUUCCUUCUGAGGGGCGGCUUGAUACCGGUGGAGGGAAGCGGGCUCAGGCUCUGUGAGGAAUCCAGGGUCCCAGAGGACAGGCUGACCAGGAGGACAGGAGCCCCAAGAAGCCCCAGGGCAGCACUGAAGAAGACCUGCCUGUGGGUCUCAGUCGCCCAGCUCCUGCCCACAGUCCCAACUGCUGCCCUGACCAGAGUCAUCAUGGCUCUUGAGCAGAAGAGUCUGCACAGCAAGCCUGAUGAAGACCUUGAAGCCCAACGGGAGGACCUGGGCCUGGUGGGUACACAGGAUCCCACAGACAAGGAGGAGGAGGAGGUGUCCACUGCUGGGCCAUCAAGUCCUUCCCAGAGUCCUCAGGGAGGCUCCACAGACUCCCUGAGGAGUCCCUGGAGCCAAUUCAAUGAGGGCUCCAGCAGUCAACAAGAGGAAGGGCCAAGCACCUGGGUCGACCUAGCUCACCUGGAGUCCUUAUUCCAAGAAGCAGUGAAAUCUAAGGUGGCUGAGUUGGUUCAUCUCCUGCUCCACAAAUAUGAAGUCAAGGAGCCGGUCACAGAGGCAGAAAUGCUGGAGAGUGUCAUCCAGAAUUACGAGCACUACUUUCCUGUGAUCUUCGGCAAAGCCUCCGAGUUCAUGCAGCUGAUCUUUGGGGUUGAAGUGAAGGAGGUGGACCCCGUCAGCCACUCCUACAUCCUUGUCCCUGCUCUUGGCCUCUCAUGUGAUAGCAUGCUGGGUGAUGGUCAUAGCAUGCCCAAGGUCGCCCUCCUGAUCGUUGUCCUGGGUGUGAUCUUAGCCAAAGACAACUGCGCCCCUGAAGAGGUUAUCUGGGAAGCAUUGAGUGCGAUGGGGGUGUAUGUUGGGAUGGAGCACACUUUCUAUGGGGAGCCCAGGAAGCUGCUCACCCAAGAUUGGGUGCAGGAAAACUAUCUGCAGUACCGCCAGGUGCCCGGCAGUGAUCCUGAGCGCUACGAGUUCCUGUGGGGUUCAAAGGCCUACGCUGAAACCAGCUAUGAGGAAGUCAUAGAUUAUUUGGUCAUGAUCAAUGCAAGAGAUCCCAUCUGCUACCCAUCCCUGUAUGAAGAGGUUUUGGGAGAGGAGCAAGAGGGAGUCUGAGCACCAGUCGCAGCCAGGGCCAAUGUCUGUGGGGCCAGGGCCACACCCAGCAGUUGUCCUGCCCCAUGUGACAUGAGACCCAUUCUUCACUCUCUGUUGGAAGAUUGCAGUCGCUGUUGUCAGUGGCAGUGGGUGGAAGUGAACACACUGUAUACCAUCUCUGGGUUCCUUGCCUAUUGGGUGAUUUGGAAAUUUAUCUUUGCUCCCUUUUGGAAUUCUUCAAAUGUUGUUUUAAUGGUCAGUUUAAUGAACCUCAGCCAUCGAAGUUAAUGGAUGACAGUUGUCACACAUACUGCUGUUCAGGUUAUUUAGGAGUAAGAUUCUUGCUUUUGAUUCCCAUGGGGAAAUCCACGUUAUUUUGUGAAUUUGGACAAGAUAACUAGCAGAUGAAUUAAUAAUUUGUUUUCAGGAAGUUGAACUUAGCAGCAAAAUAGAGCUCAUAAAGAAGUGAGGAAAUGAAAGUAUAGUUAAUUCUUGCCUUAUACCUCUUUCCCUCCCCUGUAAAAUUAAAAUAGACACAUGUACACCUGGAUUCCCUCGGCUUCUUUGAGAACGUAAGAGAAAAAAACUGAAUAAAUAAUUUUUCCUGUU